AUCGGAUGAUACUUUUCGUGUUGGAUUCUAGUCGUGUUUUUUGAUCGGAAAUGAACACCCUACCUGUUUUCUCAAGCAAUUAAAACGAGGACUUCAGACGACUUCUCAACAAAUUGAAAAAACGACUCAAUUUCUGCGAUUUUGUACAAAGAAGUUCCCCUGAAACACAGCGCUCAUCAAUGGGAGAAGAAGACGAGAAGAGGAAAAGGGUGGUGGUAGAAUCUCUAGGAUGGCUAACGGAAUCUUCCAUUAUGCCCAAAAAACACAAAGCCAUUGAAGGUGUUGGAGCUUCUUCAAUCUUAGAACUCAAAGCUCAACUUUACAAAUCUCAGGAAGAAUCGAAGAAAUCUAAGGAACUUUCCGGUGCUGACGUUGAGUAUCACCGCGCCAAGAAGAAGAUCACCCAGCACGACGCCUUUUCUCGCCGAAACUCCGGCGUUGAUAACCGCGCUCAUCAGGACAAGCUUGCACUCAAGGCCGUAAGUGAUGGUUCUGCUAGUUAUGCAGCAUUGGAGAAAAAGGCUGAAUUGUAUGAGAAACUUGCUAGGGGAGAGCUUCCAGAUGAGGAAGAUAACGAGAAGUAUUGUGUUGAUUUUUUCCGUAAGGGUCAAGAGGAAGAUGGACUUCAGGAAGUGCAGGCUCAUGAUUCGUCUUCUAGUAAAGUAUUUGAAAAGGAAAAUGAUGAACAUGAUGAAUUUAUUCCUUUCAGUACAAAGCACAUGGGUUUGGGGCAUGCUGCUGGAGCUGUGGACAUUGAUGAACACAAACGUUUUGUCAGGGAAGUUCAUGAAGAGGUGAGUGAAGCCAGAGAAAGGGCUUCUGAACUCAAGUUACGGAGGCAAGAACAAGCAGUUGCUCGUCGAGAAAAGCUUAGACAGGCUUACAUUAAGAAACAACUGGAGAAGAUGAAGUCUGCAUCGGCAACAAAACAAGAGCAAACCUAAUCAACUAAUGCAGGCCAUUGAAUAGCACCACAUACAAACUGAUCUGGCCACUUACUCGGCUCUGUUGCAAUUGUGGUAUCAAUUAUCAAGUAUCAAGUUCUUUGAGCAGCUUGCCAGAAGUUCAUGAAGUAGCUGCUGCAAGAAUCCAGGUCUUGCACUUGUUGGGUUUUUGUCUGUAGAGCAAUGGUUCAGGGAAACAUGUCAUUCGAGUCACAGGCAUCACUAUCGUGAAUUCGUGACUCCUCAACCACUACUAUGUUUCACUGGACUCCCAUUUGGAUAAAGAAUCAACAUGCAUCAGAAGUGUUGCACUUGAAUAUACCAAAACUUCUUAAUUCUGAGAGAAAUUUGUGUCUAUUUAUCUGAAGUAGUCACCUCCACCCUUCAAAUGAUGCUUUGAGCAUAUGUUGAGAGAUUUCCCCUGUUGUACCAAGAAUGUAAAUGUAAGGCUAUGGGUAAAGAUCUAUUAGAAACGAGCUUUUAGCUGAGAGGUUUUGUAGUCUAUUGAGUUCCAGAACUGAACUCCCGGUUAAAAGAAAAUGGAAUAUUAUGAUGAACUAA